AUGAUCGGCAGCCCUACCAACGGGCCCAGUGCACAUCCAGCAGUCGCUUCUCGUACAAAGCCCCGAACUCUAUCAGACAUUCGUGAAGCAACUGAGUCGACCAUUGCUGACACUUUGUCACGCGAUAUCUUGGCCGGGACUCCUCUCAACUGCCCAUCCCCUACCGAAAUGUCACCGGCUUCUCAUGACGCGUCCAGACAAUGUCACAGCAAUGAUGUUCGGAAUGUGGAGAAUAUUGAACCCGAGAGCAGAAACAGCGUCGAGAGCGAUGGUUUGAGAUACGUUCGAGGCAGAUUUUCAGAAACACCGUCAUCACAAAACCUCAUAGACUGCAACAACGGAACCAACAUAUCCAGUGUUUCUGCAAGCAAUAUCCCCCGGCGGUCAUCUUCAAAAUUUCGUGUACGCAGUGCUUCAAGAAUGCGAAAGACACAGCAAAUACUACCCCAGAGCAUAAUACGAAGCACGACUGCAGAAACACUCAACUUGGUACAAGCAAGGCCCCUAUCACCUUCUAGAAGUAGGACUAGUAGCAUCCCUAAUCAUGGCCAAUCUCAGUCUCCUGUCCGCCUCACUGCUGCACGCUUCAACCCUGUCGCACAUGACACCAAUAGGCGCACCCCCUCCAAGACGUUCAUUCGUCAGUCUUUACCGAAAGAGCUCCUAGAACAUCCGGUACACCGCCAUCCCCGAAUUGAGCUCGGGUUAGAUUUAUCAGCAGGAGUAUUCGUCGGUGGGGGAUGUAUUGAAGGGACUGUCCAAAUAGACAUUGACGAUGCGGAGCGAGUACGCCACAGACGAACGCUAGACAUUGCUCAGAUAUCUAUCGAUCUUCUUGGAAUUGAGGAAACCAGCGGCAAUAGGCGGGCUGUGUUCCUGAGCCUGGCUACAGAGCUCAUUGACAGGGAGAAUCCCCCGCCCCAAAACAUGGUGGACACGCAGGAGUUAAUUGGCCCAGAAAAUACAUUCUGGCAUCUUGUGCCUUCCACUACCAAUCUUGCAUUCAGCCUUAGUCUCCCACUUGAUGUUGGACCCCCUCCAUUCUACUCAAAGAACGCGAGGAUCCGAUACUUGCUCUAUGCGUCCCUGCUCAUCCGGGACCGGAGCAAGCGGCAUCUUGUUAGAACCUCUGAAGAUGUCACUGUACUGCCCGUGUAUGAUCCUGAAAAGGCACUGGUUUCACUUCCCAGCCCACUGAAUGCCUCUGAUGAGUGGAUCAGGCCCCGGGGCACGACUGUUGAGGUCGUCCGGCUCACUGCAGGCAUACAUCGUCAAGUAUGGGUCAGCGGUACAAACAUUUUCAGCGACGUUUAUAUUGCCAAUAAUAGCCACAAGACAGUGAAGAGGAUUGAGCUUCAGCUGGAGAGAGACAUACUGUGCUACAAACAUGCUGCUGCAUCCACUAUGGAGAAGUCUGCAGGUCAGGCUCGUAUCUUUGACAGCAAUGAGCGUACCAUAUUGAGCAAAGCAAUGGUAAAGAAUGGCUCGGCUGGCUGGCAUGGUGUGGCUGCAGGCCAAACUCACCUCCGUACCUGCGACCUGGAAGUUCCCCGUGGGCAUGCUACAGUGAAAUGUGGCAAAUAUUUUGAAGUCCGAUAUUUCCUCAACGUUAUCGUCUGCAGCGCAAACACAAGGCUUGUUACUGUUCAGCUACCGAUUGUGCUUAUCCACAUGAACUCUCUCGACGUAGUACCCAACUCCGUCACACAAGUGGCUUUGGCGAUUGAGGAGAAGCGUACCGCAAAUCACUCACCCCCACGUCUCAGUCGGCAUACCUCUCGAUCCGUUCAAGGCCGUGCAUUUGCAGCACCACGCACAGAAUCCCUCAAACGCGUUCGCGACCGGGACGAGACGAUCCAAGAGCUAGGCCGAACCCUUGAGCAAAGCCCUCGCAAGUACAACCUCCGCCGCGCAAACUCGAAUUUCGACUACCGUACGUUGCCUACAAAUACACAUGACAGGACUGCGGGACACGGCAAGGCAGCAGACCUUCAAGAUCGUCUGCGUCGCAUUCGGUCCAAUGAUGUAGUCGGUCCCAAAUAUCCUACUACCUUGCAAAGAAUGCAUUCUACAAAAUCAAGACAAGGCGCAGAGUCGGCGCUUGGCUUUCGGGAAGCGGAGAUACAUGAGGAUACUGAACUUGGGGAGUUGGAUUCGAGUGGUGAUGGGCUGUUGGGAGCGAGGUUGGACGGAGUAAGUGAGCGGCCAUAUUGGUUUAGCAAAAGGAAGAGUUUUGAAAAGUGGAAGGACAUGGCCAAUCUUGGUGUUGGAUGGCUGAGGAGUGGUUGA